AUGGAUCCAAAUACCCACAUUCUCCACAAUGCUCAGGCCCUCAAAGCAGAUGGGGGAGCUGAUGGCCCAGCCAUUGGUCAAACCUGCCUGAAGAAGAGGAGAGUGUCCUGCAGUCAGCUGUCUCCACACUCUUCUGUAGGAGUGGCGCUGCGGUGGGCUCUCGGGAAGAACGAGCGUGGCUGUUCUCAGGCCAGGCUAGUGGGGGUUCUGGGCGGGAGCUCACAGCAGAGCCCGCAGAAUCCAACUGCCCGCCCCAAACUCUGGCCAACAGCAGCCACGCUUUCCCCACAGGGACCCCUGCCAGCCACACCACCCGAGACUGCGUGGGACAGGAGCAUUGUCGCCCCCAGCAGGCUUGCAGCCUGGUGGCCCUGGACACACUGGCUUAGAAGGAUCCAGGCAGGACUCAAGGCCACUUGUCCACCCCUCUCCACCUUCUACUUCCUUUUUGUGAUCUUUGUGUUGUCCACCAUCUUCUACUGCCAUAGGCGCCUGGCUCUGGUGCCUGACCCCUGGGCCUCUUCAGCCCUUGUGGUCUUAGCCCCAAGAAACCUGCCCCAGGAGGGCGUGUUCACCAUCAAUGCCAAAGGCCGCCUGGGGAACCAGAUGGGUGAGUACGCCACCCUGUUCGCACUGGCCAGGAUGAACGGAAAGCCCGCAUUCAUCCCCUCAUCCAUGCACAGCACCCUGGCGCCCAUCUUCAGGAUCAGCCUCCCGGUGCUGCACAGCGACACCGACAAGAAGAUCCCAUGGCACAACUACCACCUCAACGACUGGAUGGAGGAGCGGUACCGCCACAUCCCGGGACGCUAUGUGCGCCUCACAGGGUACCCGUGCUCCUGGACCUUCUACCACCACCUGCGCUCAGAGAUCCUGCAGGAGUUCACCCUGCACGACCAUGUGCGUGAGGAGGCCCAGGCCUUCCUGCGUGGCCUGCGGGUGAAUGGGAGCCAGCCGAGUACGUUUGUGGGUGUCCAUGUGCGCCGGGGGGACUAUGUGCAUGUCAUGCCCAACGUUUGGAAGGGCGUGGUGGCUGACCGGGGUUACUUGGAACAGGCCCUGGACAGGUUCCGGGCACGCUAUCGGUCUCCCAUCUUUGUAGUCACCAGUGAUGACAUGGCCUGGUGCCGGAAGAGCAUCAGUGUCUCCCGAGGGGACGUGUCGUUUGCUGGCAAUGGCCUUCAGGGGUCCCCCGCCAGGGACAUUGCACUGCUCAUGCAAUGCAACCACACUGUCAUCACCGUGGGCACCUUUGGGAUCUGGGCCGCCUACCUCACAGGUGGGGAUACUGUUUACCUGGCUAACUUUACUCAGCCCAAUUCCCCCUUCCACAUGGUUUUCAAGCCACAAGCAGCCUACCUCCCCAGCUGGGUAGGCAUCGCUGCUGACCUGCCACAGGCCCAGCAGAGGAACCUUUAGUGGUGCCUCAACCUGGGCCCCCCAAGAGGCAUUGGAGGCUGUUUUGUACCUACUCGGGUUCUCAUUUGCAGUUCCAGCCC